GCACCUACGAGUAUAAAUCGUAUAAUUACCCAUCCGAGCCAUCCUGAGACCGUUGCCUCGACCUAAUAAGUCUUUCUCUGAUCCAAAACCACCUGGGCAAGAUAUUAAACUUCACAAGCAUUGAAAGCAUCAAAAGCCUCAAAGCUUAUUAUUAAUAAGAGGAAGAGAGAGAAGAAACGAGACUGCCUCGACUGCGUAUUCACAUCCACUCCAAAGUAAAUAAAUUCCAAAUAACUUGGCGUAAUUAAUAGUUUGGCCUCUCUUCUUUCUCAACGUCAACUUUUUCACUCGCAUCGUUUACUUGUACUUGUUUUUUUCUAUCAAUCAAUCAAUCGCAUCAAUCACCUCUCUCCAUUAAUACAAUGUCGAACCAAGGUUACUACAACAAUCAACAACCCCAAUACGGUGGUCAACCUCAGUAUCCUCCCAAUGCUUAUGGAGGACCACCACCACAACAAGGCUACUAUCAACAAGGCCCUCCACCUCAACAAAUGCAAUAUCAACAACAACCUCCUCCAAAGAGUUCCGGGGGUGGACAAGGCUGUCUCGGUGCUUGUUUUGCAGCCCUCUGUUGUUGUUGCGUAAUGGAAGAAGGAUGUGAGCUCUGUGUUGAAUGUGCCGAAUGUUGUUAGAGCAAGUCGCUGCCAAACCCACGUAUUCUCCGCUACUAUCCAUCCAUAUAAACGCCAUCUCGAAAUUGCCUAAUCCACUGGCGCCUCAGCACAUCUCCAUCUCCAGUAUCGCGAUUCAAUCGAAUAAAUCGACGGCCUUAUACUUGCCCAUAAUGUUUUCCCCUCCCGCAAGCUAGCAACGAUACAACGCCCUCCGAAGUCCCAACUCGUUUUCCACAAUCAAAUCGCCUUGUUCAUAGAUUCAUAUGAUUGAAGUAACAAAUUCGGCUUUCCCACGCAUUUUUCCUUCGUCUCACAUAUCCAGUUUUUUCAUGUUCUUACAGGUCUGCGUCUCUUUUCAAAUGGAUCACAGACUUUCUGCUUCCAGCUAGUUUUUAGGGUUGGUUGGUUGGUUAAGAUAAGAUAAUGAAUGACUUUUAUUUAAUAAUUGACGCGCUAUAGCUGGGUUUCGUGUGAUGUCUGAAUUUAUGUGAUUUGAAUAAUUUCAUUUUCGUGCUUUGCUACUCAUGGAUAGCACAAUGUGACCGCCACCGUGGAUGGCAAAUACGUGGAAGGAUCUGAGAAGCAGUCAAAAAUGCAGCAGCAAGAAAUCCUCCUUAAGCUUCAAUGGAUUGGUAAACGAAGAAUACUUGAUCACUUUACCGAGAGACAAAGACAAAUGAGCAUGUACAAUGCAAUUCACACAACAUUAGACAGC